AUACAUUAGGAUGCAAUGUUAUAGAUCAAGGACAAUUAUUGAAAUCCUGGGAAAUUUGCAAGCUGCCUUGCAUAACAACUUUACAUAAGGAUGUUGAAAUGAGCUGUACUUUUACCAGUGUCUUUGUUACAUUGAUGAACACGUUAAUGCAUUAAUAACUAUAAUUCAAUGAUAUGAUGGAAUUUUUGGAAGCGGGGCAUUUUUGCAUAGUACGGUAAGUACUCUUACUUUUAGAUCCUUUAAGAAUGUUUUGAUGCUUUGAAACUUUUACAUACAUAAUAGACACCUAACCGGAGGUUUCCCCAUCAAUCAUUUCGGUCUUUCAUAACUAAAGCAUGGACAGCCUACUGCACUAAUAAAAAUAAGCCAGAUUCCUGAGUAAUACGUGCGUUUCCAGGCGCAUGGACGGCGGUGCCUGAAGGAGCCUGUUGAGGAGCGGAUGUGAGGGAGGACGGUAAAAAGCUGAGGGAUCAGCAGAGGGCUCGAUAUAAAGGCGAACGAGGACAGGCUGACGCUCAGACCAGAAGCUGUGCUCAUCUUAAAGCACACUCCCUUUAAACAACUGACCGAAGCUCACACAAGCAGGACCGAGCAGAAUGAGCAUGCGCAGAGCCGUGGUUGGGUGCUUGGUGUUGGCGUGCCUGGUGGGGCUGCUGGCUGAGAGGACAGAGGGACACAUCACCUUCUUCAGUCCAAAGGAGAUGAUGCUGAUGAAGGAGAGAGAAGGUAGAAAGGACAUGGAGCCCCGAUCGGAGGACGGUCAGUUCGAAGAGGUUACAGUCCAACAGCUUCCUCGGUUGGAACAUGGUGGAAACCCUGAUAAAAUAGUGGAGGUCGCCGUCCGUCUUUCACCCAAACAGCUCGAUCGUGUGUCUCCGGUGCUCGAAGACAUCAUCCAUGACAUAGAGGAGGAACUUCAGAAAGGUGAAAACGUGGAAACAGCUUCUUAGUAGACCAGAAACAUGGCCUCGUUUCUUCUUUGGUUAUCCAAAGAUUAUUAGACACAAACUUACAAGUGAUAUUCCUACGAUUAAAUACCUCCUCAGUGACCAAACUCUCUGUCUCUGCAGCCAAAUAGCGAGGUUGAAGACACCAGUGGAUGAACCAAAGCUGUACAAAUUCCUCAAAAAGCACUGAUUGCUCAAAUGUUUUCUUGUGGGUUUAAAGCAAAUCAAGUGAAUAAAGGGAAGUGAUUACGUGA